GACAGACGUAAAAGAGAAUGGACAAGUGACGUCAGGGAGACUCUCCGUCCUGUCAGCGGUGGUGACCACCAAGCAGUCCACCAGUCGCCCAGGGAAUAUGGAAAACAGCAACUAGGGUGUGGACACGAUGCCUAAGAGUGACACUUGGCCUGGUGGGGCAGAUGUGGAGACUGCGACGGCCAUGGACAGCGCCGGCAGCUGCGACAGUGUCGUUAGUGUUAAUUCUGCUUUCAGUGAUGACAGUCUGGAUUAUCUGUCAGCUGAAGAGAAGGCCUGCCUCAUGUUCUUGGAGGAGACGAUCGAGUCUUUGGAUACUGAGGAAGAUAGUGGCCUCUCCAAUGAUGAACUUGAGCAUCCAACCAAACCAGGAACUGCCCAAAUGGGCAGGAGUGGAGUAAAUGGCUUUCACAUGCAUCACUCCAUGGAUCCCAUCAAGGAACAUGUUGACAACAAACCAAAGCUGAGCUACCUGGUUCCAACACCUUUCGUCCAGGCCAAUGGCUCAGCGUGUCCAGUUUCCCGUCCCAAAGUGGGUUUCCUACUAGAAAAGAAUACCAGCACAAAACCCAAUCCGGCUCCUUUGAUCAACAAAGCGAUCCCCCAACAACCCAAGCCUGAAGUUCCUCUUGAGGUUAAUGUCCUCAUUCAACCUCCAACUAAAACUAAAGACCUUUCCUUUCGGACAGCUGAGGGUGCUUUACCGAGAGGACCUCUGUCUUAUGACGCCCUGGUCCAUCUGCAGAGGAGCGCGUCCACGAAAAAAACACCUUUGUGUCCCUCAGUGGAUCAUACCAUUGAUUCAUACAAACCGCCGCCGGUCGUCAUGGAAAGCCGACGCUAUGGAAGAUUCGACCGAACAAAUACAGAUUCUUCCAAGUUAGCGGCCCCUCCUCCAGUGGUGCCACCCAAACCUAAGACUAUUCCUCAGACAGUACAAGAGAAGACGCAGGAAGAAGUGAAGUUGACCUCCAGACCUUCCUUUUACUUGAAAAAAGCUUCAGAUCCCAACACAGUGAGAAGAGAAGCUUUACAGAAGUUGGGUUUGCUCAAAGAUGAUGACUCUCCUGCACCGCUACCCCAAACAUCUUGCUCCUAUUUGGAGCCAACAAAUAACAAAUACACAAAAGUCCCAUCAAACCUUAAUCCUUCCAGAUCCCCGUCUUUCUGCGCCUCUCAAGAACCUAAAACCAGGAUGCUUCAGAGCAGCGCUAGCUUUCACCACGCGUCACGAAACGAGAUGUUAUCAAACGGUGGACUCAACAACAGACAGAAGACUUCUAGCCUGGAACAACCAACAGCCCAAUAUGACGGCACCAGUGGCAAAACAAGCCAUAGCAAAACCACACCGCCGCCUCAGACACCGGCUCAAAAGCCAACAAAUGCAGUGGGCUACUCUGUGAUGAUUGUACCGGGGAUGGGUGCCGAUCGGAAGGAGGCUCUGAGGAAGCUGGGUCUGCUGAAAGAAUGAGAAUGAGGGCUGGAGCCUUAUAGCAUUAAUGUAGCGGCCAGAGAGAGUUCAAGAGGGAGAGAGAUUAAAGGCAGUUAAGAAGGAACGGUUGGCAAACGAGGCAAAAGAGAAUUUAAGGACUUGAUCUGCGUCACCUAUCUUACCUGAGGAUUUACAUAAUUGAACUAUCAGACGCACGUUUAGUCCCCAACAUGGUUGAGUUGGCCUCCUCUACCGUCACACAGUCUGUCCAUCGGGAUUUAACAUGAUCAAGAAAACUCCUUCAUAUUCAUACCAGAUAUAUGUUAGUUACAGUGCGAGUAAAAACUCUUUCUUCACAUGUCAAGCACAACUUACGUUUGGUACCUCAAAAACAGGUACAUGCAGCUGACAAUUUGACACAUGUGCCUACUGAAUUUCAAUAUUUUUUACAAAGAAUGCAAUUUGUGGGAUAUUAAUUGCAUGCUGUGAACCAUCGGAAUCGUGAUGAAAGCAGAAAUGUGACCUUUUGAGCGCAAAUAUUUCACUAUUUUUUUAAACCCAACACUCAUUAUUGAAUGAAAUAAAGUUGAAAGUACAAAGUGGCCUAGCACGUCUCUCUUUUUUGUCAUUGCUGCUGUCAUAGAUCGCCUCUGGUUAGUUCCAGGGUCCAUGGAGAGGCAAAAAACAAAGACAUAAAUAUACUAAACCAUUUCGACUAGCACAACUGUUUUUGAAAUGUUUGUUUGCUUUUAUUCAGAGGGUGAAAGAUUGAGUUGAUGGAAAUGAAGGCCAAUAAGUCACACUGUCUUUUACGCAUACCAAGUCACCAAUUUCUGAAGAAAUUGCACAAUGUAAUUACAGUUCUGCUACCAUGAGACUUGUUCUACGACUCAAACGUCUCAAGUGAACAUCCAUAGUCACUCUCACGUUACACUUCAUCUCCACUGAUCUUCCACUAUCUAAUUAGCUAGAAUCAUGCGAUCCCCACCGACUUUCUCUACUCUGCUACUCACUUUGCAUGUUUGGCUUCUAAUUCCUCCUUCAUUCACAUGGGAGGAUUUAGUUAUGCAACGUUCCUGGAGCGACCGGACUGCGUGCCGAGUGGAUUGUUGCGUGACAGGUUGUGUUGUCAUGUCUUCUGUGUCCAUGGACGUGCUUUGUUACAGGUGUCAUAUGUUGGGAGCAGAGAUGACUUUGUCAAGUGUUCAGCAAUUGUGGUCGUGACUGUGAAACGCGACGUUCUGGCAGCCCUGUGAAUUAAUUCAUCUUAAUUGUAAAUCGAUGAGCGUAUUUUUGUGUCUUGUCCCGUGUAACUAGGCUCUUCCCACAAACCUGCAAUAGGGUAGCAAGUUGCAAGUAAUAAAUGAAUGACCAAUUUCAGACAUGUAUGUAGAGAUGUACAUAGGUUGCAGUGUGAUUCAGAGUCCUGGUUAAGGUUAGCUAUUUGUUUAGGAUGGUUAGGUUUACGGUGAGAAGCUGGGGAAAGCAUUACGUCAGUGAGUGUUGUGUGUGUGUUUACUUGUUUAGCUAUCGUUGUGGGGACUAAUUCGCGGAACUACACCUACUUGUUGGACCGUGUUGCAUUAUGGGGUCACAUCAAAGUAACUUGGUUUCAGUUUGGUUCAUAGUCCUGGUUAAGGUUAGCUAUUUGUAGGGUGGUCGCAAACUACCUCCAGCAUUGAGAGUCUGCUGACAUACGCCAUCACGGUGUGGUACUCCAGCUGUACUGAGGCAGAGAAGAAUAGGCUGCAGAGGAGAAUAAGGACAGCGGAGAAGAUUGGCUGCCCUCUGCCCUCUCUUCAGGACAUCAACAACUCCCGCUGCCUCAGUAGAGCUCAGAACAUUAUCAGAGACACAUCUCACCCUGGCCAUCACCUGUUUAACCUGCUGCCCUCCUACAGGUCACUCCGCUCAAGAACAAACAGAUUCAGGGACAGUUUCUAUCCAAGAGCUGUCGUUGCAAUAAACUCGAAUCUGAAUUCGCACUGACAUUCACUCACUCUGCACUUUUCACUCUGCACUGGUCACCCGCUACUGAGUAAUAACAACUACAUCUACCUCCUUAACUUUUUAAUUCCUGUACAUAUCAGCAUCUUUUGUUUACACUGCGCUACACUUUAUUACCACCUAGUUUUUAUUAUUAUGCUGUUGCACAAGGGAGAUGUCACUCAAUUGUGUUGCAUCAUCUGCUACAAUGACAAUAAAGGCUAUUGUAUUCUAAUCUAGGUUUAGGGUGAGAGGUCCCUAUAAAGAUAGAUACAAACGUGUGUGUAUGAUACACAAAUUUGUCAGGUUUUCGUACUUAUAAGGACAUGUCGAAAAAAAGAGAUGGAAGCUUAAUUAUGCCUCCUGAAUGUGUCUACGGUGCUCGACUUAUGGGGA